ACACACCUGCGCAUGCUCACUCGUCCAUGUGUGGUAGCCUUGCACAGAGAUUUGUACAGUCGAGUUUGCUGCUUCAGCUAAACUUUGUAGAAAUAAAACGAUAGUUGUGAUUUGUGUCAUAGGACAGUGCGGAACUUUGCACAUGUAAAACUAUCGGAGUAUUGUACGUUUUAAAGAUACAUUUCAGCGUUCCUGCGUGUUAGCUUGACUAACUAGCGUUUGUUUUGCCAGCUAGCUAAACGACGCAGAGCAACGUAUCUAACUAAACGCUCCAUUAAACUGUAUUUAAUGAAAGCUAAAUAAUUAAACAGUUGGCGCACGAAUCUAUUCAAUUGACGUAUGUAGCGAUUUUUAGAAUACAUGAUCUUUCUGCCGUAAUACAUGACAGUCAAAACGUUGUAGUCAUUGUCAACACGUCAUUCAACGGCUGCUGUUUUGUUUGACUUGUACAAUAAUGUGACUGCGGUUUUGUAAAAACAGAGAAUGGACAGAGACUUGUUGAGGCAGUGUCUGUCAUAUCACGGAGAGUCAUUAUUCAACAAACUGAAAUGUGAACAGACAGAAAACCCAGACUUCCAGGCUGUGGUGUCUGACCUGUGCAAGGCCACUUGUGAAAGCAGUGUUGAUGAGCAGGAAAGCUCCCUUGUUGAGCAGUUCAUCGCCAGGAAGGCUGACAUCUUGUUCAGUCCAGCAUGGAAGACCGCCACUCAUCAAGAAGAGGAGCGCGAGGAGGAGGAUGCUACAGAGCCCUAUGCCAUUAUGCCACCAGUGGAGUUAUUCAUGGAGGUGUCUUAUGAGGAAAGAAGAGCCAUGCUGUACAGGGACUUGGAGAGAGGAGACAUUGUGGUGGGGAGGAUCAACAACAUUAGAGAAUACGGCUUCUUUCUCACCCUGCUUUGCACGACAGGAGGCCUGAAAAGAGACAUAGAAGACCUAGAGUUGUCGGCUUUAUGUCACAUCAGAGAAAUUCCUUCAACUGGCAGCCACGAUGACCCUCUGUCGUACUACCAGAUUGGGGACUUCAUCAGAGCUGCAGUGAAAGAUAUUGACCGCUACCAAGAGAAAAUCACAGUUUCCCUCCUCCAGGCCUCCCUUUCUCACAGCUUGGAGCACAUCAAGCUGGGUGUCUGUCUGCGGGAGGAGCUUCCCAUACACUACAGUCGCAGUGCCCGUGCAGCCGCUGACUCCAAUGAGACGUAUGAGUGUAUACUGAAGAGUUGCCAUGGUUACCACAACCCCUCUGUCGUGGACUACCUACUGGAGAAAGUGGGAAUUAGUGACACCCACCCACCGUCAAUGAUGAGAGGGCUACAGAGUAAACUUUUUCAAGAGGAUGAUUUUGCCUCUGCAAUCCGAAAGAAACAGUCCGCAUCGUGGGCCUUGAAGUGUGUCCGUGCCGGAGUGGACCACUUCAAACACGGUCGUCAUGUAGAAGCCAUGAAUGAAUACAACAAAGCCCUGGAUAUCGACACUAAUAACGUGGAAGCACUGGUGGCACGUGGCGCUCUGUAUGCUAACAAAGGCAGCAUCAUGAAGGCUAUAACAGACUUUGAACUGGCCCUCGAGAGUUGUCCAGACCACCGCAACGCCAAGAAGUACCUCUGCCAGACACUUGUGGAGAGAGGAAAACAGCUUGAAGAACAGGAGAAACUAGUAACAGCAGAAGGAUUGUACAGGAGAGCUCUGUCUUUAGAUGACUCAAACCCUGAGGCACAGGAGGCCCUGCACAAGAUCACAGACACUAUACAGAAAUCGAUUCGCCUGCGAGAAGAAGCGCUGGCUAAGGAGCAGAAAGCUACAAGCAGCCAGACCAGCGCUGAGAAAUUGCGUAAGAUCUUAAAAGAGGAGAAGAGGAUGAAGAAAAAACGGAAGAGAUCUGCUUCUUCUUCCUCGCCAUCCUCCGCUUCCUCCAGCAACUCCUCUCGCUCUUCAUCAUCUUCCUCCUCUCGCAGGAGGUCCAAAAAGAAGAAAAAGAAGAGGAGGAGGUCAGAGCGGGGGAGCAAGCGACAUCGCAGGAUCUCCUCGAGGGAUAGCAGGAGGAGCGAGGAGGGUAAGGGCGAGAAAGACAGGAAGGGAAAAGAGGAGGACGAGGUGGAGUGGUAUCCCGCUCCUCCCAACACCUCGGCCACCUUUCUGAACCAGAAGGGAGGUCCUGGGUUUGGAGAGAUGGAUGAGGAGGAGGUGGAAGGGAAAGAUACUGAAGAUAAACGUAUCAGUCAGCUGUAUUCUUUGUCUGCGGCUUCAGACGACGGAGAGUCUGACUCCUCACGCAGAGAGAGAAAGAGAAUGAGCAGAGAGGAGAGCAGGGCAAGGAAAAGGCAAAACAGUCAAAGCCCAGAAAGAGAGGAGAGGGGGAGCAGGAGUAGGGAAAGGAGGGAUAAGAGCAGGGAGGAUAACAGGAAAGACAGGAGAGACAGCGACUCCAAGAGGAGAAGCAGCCUAGACGAGAACAGAAAGCGAAGAGUAUCCUGCUCGUCUGCCGAGUCCGGGUAUUCACAGAAAUCGAAUUUCAAAUCUGAAUAUUUUGGGAACUCCAGUUCUGCAUCCAAACAGGCGGAGAGUAGGAUGAGACACGACUCUUCCAGGAGGAACUCUUUCGUUGAUGGUAGGUAUGAGAACAGAGGACGGGAGGGAGAAGAGGUAAAGAGAGAGAAGGACAGGUCAGACACAGGAAACAGUCAAAAAUCAGAAGGUGCCGGGAAUCACAACACACCCAGAAGUUUGACCGCCGUGCCAGGAGGAAGGCCGAAAAAAGAACUCCCUUCUAACCUAUUAGAUAUUUUUAAUCAGAUCGCACAGUUUGAGAAGGAGAAAGGAGGCGGGCCAAAAUAACUCCAACACCAAAAGUCCAGAAUGUGCCCAAUACUAGUGAAACGAGACUGUGAAAUGUUCGUGCCAUGAAUUUGUUUAUUCUGGACUGUGCGUCAAGCUGACACUGCUGCUGUGUUGUUGCUUGAAUGUCCCCAGUUGUUGUACUGUCAGUGUUAGAGAAAAUAACGUCAUUUUACUUUGAUGUGUCUUUGUCUUUGUGGUAGAUUUAAGGCCUGUGAGCAACUGUAGUAAUUGGUGGAUAAUAGCUGGUCAAAAUGUAAUGAAGUUUUCAUAACUAAGGACUGAAAUACCCAAAAUUAUGCUGUAUGAAGUAGAUUCUGUUUCUUAAUUUUUGGUGUACAGGUGCAUAUCAAUAAAUUAGAAUAUCAUAGAAAAGUUUAUGUCAGUAAUUCAAUUCAAAAAGUGGAAAUAAUACAUUAUAUAAAUCCAUUACACACAGAAUGAAACAUUUCAUCUCUUAAUUUAAUUUCUUCUAAUAAUAGUGAUUAUAGCUUACAUUGAAUGAAGAACUAAAAUUCA